AUGGAUUCUCCAUAUGCUGGGAACAUCACAGACUCCUCCUCAUCAUAUCCGUCCUUUCCUCCAAGUCAAACGUCAACGCCUGAAUCAGCCACACCAUCAGCCAUGCAAAUUGUUGCGCCGGGUUCAAAUCAAAAAAAGGAAGCAAAUAAAUUAACAGGUGAGUAAUUUAAGAAAUCUCUGAUGAUACACACAAAUUUGCAUGUGGCAUUUUUAUUACUGUGCUAAACUCUUUGUGCAUGGUUAAUGCAUUUUAAUACUUUUGUGCUAUAAUUUUUAGUCACUUGAGAGCAAACGUAAUGUGCAAGGGACCACCGGGUGCUGUUAGAGCACAGCCCUGAACUCUACUGAAAGGCUGAAAGCACAGUAAACACCCACUAAUAAGGAACUGUGGAUUAAGUACCUCCUGGCAGAAAUUUGCCACUUUAAUACCCCAAAAUACAAGAACCUGUUUAGCCAAGCAACAUCAAGCAGGUUCUUAUAUGUGGGUUACAGGUAAAUUAUGAUAAACGAUUUAACAAAGGAGUGUAACUUUGAGUUGUAAAUGUAGGUAUAAUAAGAACAUAGGUAAGUAAACUGCACAUAAAUUUGAGGGUCAGGGUCAAUACAAUUGUGAAUAAAAUAGAAAGUUUAUUUAUUUUUCUGGUAAUCAACAAUCUUUUAGCUCCUUCAUAAAAAAUAAAAACCUACUUAGGCUAAAUUGCCAAUGAGUACCACAAAAUACAAGAACCUAUUUUGCCAGAUUUAAAAAAAAGGAGGUUCUUGAUAAAUAAAUAAAGAUGGUAAAUUUUAAGCUCGAAAAAGAAAAUGAGAAGUGAUGUGAUCAACAUGUCAUGAGUAGGGGACAAGAAAAAAUCAGCCAUGCAAAUUAUUGUGCCAGGUUUGAGUCAAAAAGAGGAACCUAAUGACCUUCUGUACACCCGUCAGAUGCUCUAACCACUGAGCUACGAAGGACUUGUGCCAAGCUGGGCAAAUUAUAAGUCCUUCAUAGCUCAGUGGUUAGAGCAUCCGACCGGUGUACAAAAGGUCAUAAGUUCAGUUCCUGUCGUGGACUCAGAUUUUUUCUUUGUCCCCUGCUCGUGACAUGUUGAUCAUAUAAUUUAUUAGCAGGUGUUUACUGUAUUUACAAGUUGUCAUACUACACAAAUAUGGGACCUACUGAUCUGCUGUCAGUCAGUGGUUAAGUAACCUAACAGCGUAAAGGAGAAAAACAUUUUAAGGGUAGAAAGAAUUCCUUAACAAAGUUCAAGGUUGCAUUCACUGUUCUGCAAAUACAGCAUACUUUUUUUCCCAGUUUUCUCAGUGAUGUCACCAGUUCACCUGAGAGGGCUUGUUAAUGACUUAAUAUUGAUAUAUCAUUUACUAUGAGAGGUUAUUGAUUGUGUUUCUUUCCCAUCAGUUGAUGAUCAAUUAAUUUCAAAGGCUGUGACUGAUAACACUCUUUUUUUGGAGAAACUUUCGAAGUACCUGGACCGCGAAAGUCGAGUAAUCAAGUGUUGGAAGCACUUAGCAUUUGUUUUGAAUGUACCUGCUGAGGAAACAAGAAAGUUUGACAUGUUCACUGAACACAGCCCUACUGAGGAUAUGUUUAACUAUCUUGCUGAAAACUGGCAUCCGGAUUUGGAAGUUAGAGAGUUGAAGAUCAAACUGGCAAAGAUAUAUCGCAAUGAUGUAAUUGACAGUUUAAUAAAAGGUAUUAAGACAAAACAAUUUUUUAUUUCACAGGUGGUGAAGAUGAUUGCUUAUAGUAUUGCACAUCUCCACUAUGUCAAAGAUAACCAGGCAAACUCAAUGACAUUUUUAUUACAUGAAUAUUUUUAAAGACCUUUACUCUUAAAUUAAAUUAAAUUAAAUAAUAAUUGAAGAACUUGGAGGUACAUAAAAGUCCAAAGCAUGCAAUAUAAAAGUAAGAUAGUGUCAGUUACAGUAUUUUUGCACUACAUGUGAGUCUUAUACAUGUACAUACAUGUAUGAAGUAAUCUGCAUUGCCUAUGUUUCUUCAGUGAAAUGAUACCUGCCAAUGUUCUCUUCUUACAGGGGGGUAUCGUGACGAGGAAAAGGUAGCUGACCUGAUAUCUGGCCGACCAAAGUUUAUUGUCAUGCUAUCAUCAAAGCUUGAUACAGAGUCUAGAACAAUUGGCAACUGGAAAUCACUGGCAACACACUUUGGAAUCAGAAAGCAAGUGACUGAACAGUUUGGAUCCAGGGGCUCAGGCCCCACAGCAGCACUGUUCCAGCACAUGAGUACUGCUGAUGGUCUUAAAGAUUUGACCAUGGGUGAACUGCGCAGUCACUUUGUUAAAAUGGAAAGGAAGGAUAUAGUAAACAUCCUUAAAAAGCACAAGUGUGAAGGUUUGUGUUUUGUUUGGUUAUAAACAGUUGAUGUUGUGUUCUCUUUCUUCUCUAUUUUUAAUUUAAGUUUUCUUUCAUGUACAUUAUCAUUCGGUCUUGAUUUAAAUGUACUGUAGAUCCCAGAGGAUUUAAUUUGCAGGUGUGCAAGUGUGACUUCAUGUCCUGUAACUGGAACCUUAGCCCCAGUCAUAACACCUUAUAUAAUUGGACUCACAGCUGUACCUGCAAAUAGAACCCAGCACAGUAAACCCCACCUUAAUAGAAUCCCCAACCCACCCCCUCCACAGCCUUUUUUCACAAGUAAAGGUAAACAAACCUUAAGUGGGUUGAAGAGGCAGUAUGAGAGGGUGCAAGACGUAGGGGUGUUGCUGAGGAAUCAAAAUCUGCUUUAUCGUGGGAAGCAAUUUAUUUUGUUAUGGUGUAAUAUACUUUCCUCGCAUAGGAAUGUUUUUAUUUUCACACAGAGAAUGCAUAACGUACAAAAAGGCAGUUUAGGAAAUAAUUGACUUUAAAAACUCAAUGUUUUAAGGGUUUUUGUUGUGUUGAAAGAUUCCAACCAGGUAAUAGGAGUUUCAAACAAUGGCUGAGAAAAGUUUACAAUUUUACAUGUCCCUCACAUAGGGUUUCUGUGUAACAUACAAAUGCAAACUCAGACGAGAUUUUGUCAUAAGGAAGUUGGUUUAUAAAUAACAAGGGAUUAAUAUACAUCCAUGCUGUUUUGUGAUUAUUUAAAAUUUGAUGUUUGGACCAAUCAGAAGUGUAGUAGAGACAAUAGUAAAGUUUCGUUCUUAUCUGGACCAGUACUUAAUACAUACAUGUACCAGGACAGCAACCUCAGACUGUUUCGUAACCCUGUUUUUAACCACAUUCAAAUAAGACAAAAUUAUGUAGGAUGUGCUCACUCAAAAAUGUACAGCCCUGUUACUUCUUCAGUGGCAUACCUGAGCUAGAAAACAGAAGAAAGUGCUAUUACUUCCACCAGGUAAAUCAAAAAAUAAGGCAAAGUUGUUGCUGACUAAAUUAUCAUAUUGUGUAGUUCCAAAAAAAUAAUUGUUUGCGUGAUAAAGAGGGAAAAUCUUUUUAUUUAUGUUUUACUUAAUACAGUGUCAAAUAGUCUCAAUUUUCCCUUGUGCGUAGAGGUCUUUCUUGGUUAAUUAUUAACAGUAAGUCACUGAGAACUGUGGAGGUGGUACGGCCGUACACAACACAAGUGAUGCAAUCUCUCAAACCAGUGAACUUCAAUUACUUCCUUUCAGUUAAAAACACGUUAGAAGAAGGCUUAUUAGAACAUGACCACAUUGCAUUGAAUACCACAAUAUAUUGUGUAACAAAGUAACAUAAGAUAACCGGAAGUUUAUUUAUGAGCUGAUGGCAAUCUUGUUACAUAAACUAUCGUGCAAGCUGUGAAAAAAGCACUCAGUCUAUUGCAAAUAAAAGAUCAUUUAUGAAUCAAAACAAUAAUUUUUGAUUUGAAACACUGAUUAACAGUAAAAUAACUGAUAGCUUGCUCAUCAAUCUUACUUGGAGCCCUGGGAAAAAAAAAAAGACUUGAGAGAGGUAACCCCCCCCCCCCACCCCCUUGGAAAUUGCCUCCUUUUGGGCCCCGCUCCCCUCUGAAUUUCCGUUGCCCUCCGUGGGGAGUAUGGAUUUUCUCUGUAACUGCAUAUUACGGUAUCCAGAGUCAUUUACCGGUACAAAAAUAUCCACUUCCUAAUUUUUAAAUACAUUUCAAUGUACUCACACCAGAAAUAUUUCAUUUAACCCUGGUCAUGAUUUGUUUUAUUCAAAAUAGAUUCUUCUUUGGUAAGGAAGGUUGCUGUUGAUGGUUCCGAACUUUUGGCAGAUAUUGGAGAACGCCUAAACAAAGAAAUGAGAGCUGUUAAGAACUGGCGCAAUUUAGCUUACAGGUUAGAAAUUCCUCAUGAGGAAUAUGAUGCAUUUGACACCUCUAAAGUUUCAGCUAAGAGUCCCACUAAGAUGUUAUUUGAAUGGCUUCAGUGGUGGAAACCAAAUUUAACUGUGAAGGAUUUGCUUACUGGCCUUAAGCAAAUUGAUCGCUAUGAUGUGGUGGAUCUUGUAAGACAAGAAGUUGCUGGUGGUAAGUCACAUUAUUUUUCAUUUAGGCUAGCAGAUUCUAUUCUAGGGCUGCAAAGAAAAAAAAUUACUUGCAGCCCUGCUAUUCGUUUCUUUUUUCAGAGAAUGUUCAGUUUUGAAGGACUACAUGUAUAUCUUAGUCAGCAAGAAAAAAUCCACAAGCAAAGUUGAAGGAAAAAACUGAAAAGGAAGGUUCAAUCAAACAGGGAAAAAUUAAUUAUUCGACAAGGUUGAGUAAAAAUAUGGUGAUUUGUCAGUGGCAAGCAGAUCAAUUAUCUGCUGAAGCUGAAGGCUGAGGCAAACAAUUGAUCUGCACGACACAAAUUAUCACAAUAUUUUGCAAUACCGGAGUUCAGUAAUUGUUUUAUCAUUCAAUCACCUAGUUUGUUUUGAAUGAAUAUCUUUGGGAAGCGGUAAGAUGCCGUAAGCGUGAAGCAAUCUGUCAUUUUCACUCAAGAGCAAUCGUAAGGAGGAGAAAAGUGUUGUUUCGUUUAUGCAUGAGCAGAAUAUUAAUUGCAGCCAAACAUAGUUGGACGACAUUGUGCAACUGCAAACUGUAGCUUACAUGUCACUCAUUGUAAGAAUUAAGCAGUCAAUAGUCCUAUAGAAUGACCAAGGUUUUGUUUUGCUAUAUGUUUCACAGUUGUCGGGAAAGAUGAAGCUGAUUCCAGACAGAGUUGUAGUGAGCAAGUAGAUGGUCCAACCCAUCAGUCUACAGGUAAAGCUUUCUUGUUGCUCAGUAACACACAUUUUAGCCUAUGAAUCAGACAAAACUAAACCUCUGCUUAAGUCCGGCAGCAAAACAGUGCCGAAAUCUUUGUUCUGGGUCCCCACCUGUGUACAAGGAUUUAAGUAUGCACUGACAAUGAUUGGCCUAUUUUAAGAGGCAACGUUGAUUUGCCUAUCAAGUUGAAGGGAAAUUUGAAAUGCACUUCCUGUAAUUCGUUGAGUCCAUUUGGGGCCCAUAACAAGGAUCUCAGUGCUGCUUUACUAACUCUGGUAAAUGAAUGUCAAUAAUAUUGCACAAUGGUUAUAGAAUUUCACUGCCCUUCAAGUUAUAAAAAAAAGCAAACAGGUAAUAAGUUACAGUAAAAAUGUGAUUUGGGUAUAUAAUUAUUAGCACUUUUCAUGUUACAGAUAUGUUUGCCAGUGCAACACACUAACCAACUAAGCUAUGAAGGCACUGGAGCUUGUCAGUUAUGUGUUCAUAUGUUCCUGUGAUAGAGAUGGAAUGUGACAAUUGUAUAUAAAAUAAAUCAUAUAUGAGAACUGCGGAAGUGAAAUCAAAUGAAGAAUGAUCCUCGCAGUUGUGAACGCAACUUGUGCAAUUGCGUAUCGCAAGGUCACGUGUUUAAAUCAAGUCGAAGUCCUGAAUUUUUUUCAGGCUUCUUAUGCAAUUACACUGCUUGUGUCAUUCUCAGUUUGUAUUAGCUCCCAGGACCACUUUUCUGUUUCUACCACUAGUUUGAAGAGUGAAAUUAAGUAUGCUUUUUUGUUCCUCUUUUUAUCAAAACAAGCUUUAUGGAAAUUACAGCAAUUGCAUCAUUAUCCAGACAAGAGCCACAAGAAAACUGAUUUAUUUACGGAUGUGGAAAGGAAAGCUGCAGCCAAGGGAUUGAGGAUUAUUGACAAUAAAGGGAAUGGUAAUUGCAUGUUUAGUGCACUGUGUCGCCAACUGGAAAUCAAGAAAGGACCGACAUAUUCAGAGAUGGAAUUGAGAACUGAGUUGGUUCAGUAUCUCAAGGAUCAUCCAACCUUUGUAUGUAUUUUUUUUUAUGCGGUACAGUUAUAUUUCUUCAUGCAGGCCUAACUUUUUCUUUGCUUUGAUAAAUCAAAUAAGAAGCAAACUCUUUACACCCCUUACCUCCCCAAAACGGGCACCCUUCCACAAAGGCCACUUUCUUCUGUCCUCAAGGUGGCCAUUGUGGAGAGGUUUGACUGUAUUAUAAUGAUUAUUUCAAAAACUGUCCAAAAUAAUAAUUACAUUUCAGAUGUUAAGGCAAGGGACCAUAGAGUGGGAACUCGUAGAUUAAAAUCCUAGCCAGACCUGCCUGUACUGGUCACAUUUACAUAAAUGAAGAAAAACCUUUGAAAAUCGUUUCGUAAGUUUGGAAACUACACUUGCUGACUUUCCUUUUGCGUGCUAUUUGGGCUCAAACACAAGGAACACAGUCUUUUUUAUCUCUGAUCUCAUCUUACCUUUUUCAGAAGUUAUUAUAGAUCUCUUUUACCUUUUCUUUAGGAUUAUGAUAGUGGAUCUUCAUUGAGCCUGUUUAACUUUGUUGACCAGAAGGAGUAUCCAACAUGGGAAGAAUAUUUAGAGAAGAUGGCAAGGGAUGGUACAUGGGGAGACCACUUGAUUCUCCAAGCAGCAGCAAGGCAUUUUAACUGUGUUAUUCAUAUCAUCAGCAGUCAUCCUGAAUUUGAUGUGAAAAUAGAGCCUGAUUCGACUACUUGCGAUGUGGCUGAACUUUUACUGGGACAUAUUUAUGAAUACCAUUAUGUCAGCCUUGAAGCAGGUACAGCCUUUCUAACUUUUAUGGAGCUAUUUUGAAAAAAAUAGCUCAUAUGUCAGUGGUUUGAGCGUAUGUAUCUUUGUGGCUUUGUGGCUUUGUGGCUUUGUAUGUUCGGAUGUCUGUUGCAGGGGCCAAUAAGGUUCAAGGUACUUUGAGUUGAUGCGUAGCAACCAAUGAGAUUUUAGCAUCUAACAUGACAUUUACUCGGCUUAAGGUCAAACAAGGGCACUUUGAGACGGCCAUUUUGAUUCUUCACAAUUUUUUUAUCUUUUAUUACGGCUAAAGUUGUUUAGAAGCAUAACAUUGAAAUAUCUUUAUGAUUUAAACGCUGAGUACAGUGAUGGAGCUGUUUAAGGGUCCAUAUGUUAGUGUAGAUGCUGCUUCAAGACAUUUCUCUGAUUUUUGACCUAAUUCGGCUAUCGCGAACAGUACAACACACGUAUUUCACCUGCUUCAAGGUAGAGUGUAAAAGAUCAUUUAUUUUUCAAAGUUCCUCCAAUGAAACAAUAAUUGAAAUGUAGAUCUGGACUUAAGUCUGAAGUGUGCGGCCUACAAAUUGUGCUUUUAGAAGUUUGGAAGGCAAGGCGAGUAUUGUUGAUCCUGUAAACAAGCUUUAUUCUCUCGCUUACAAAGUUCAACAGACCUUUUCCGUACCAGCAAAAAAAAAAAUGAAUCAAGUGAACAACAUGAAACAUGCUUGCUACUUCAGAGUCAUUAUUGUUUUUGAAACAUAUUUUAUUUAUAUUAGUAAAGAUGCGUAACUUAAGUAGAAACAGUAACGUCAGGGAAUUAAAUGGGAAGAAGCUAGUCGACAAAAUUGCAAUUAUUGCAUAUUGUUUUAUUGAGCGGAAUAACAUGAUUUAAGAAGAAAUAUAUUUCGGCAGUUUGCUAAUUUUCUUGGAAGGAAAUAAAUGUUAGGCUAUCAACCUUAACGUUACAUGAAGCAUAAUUUAACUGCAGAUAUUGUAAAGCCGAGGUGAUUUCUUAAAAUCGUUUGAGCAAAUUUUCUAGUAAAAAAUUUGCGUUAUUUUACGUAUGAAUUGUAAAAGGGAUAAAGUCCAACACCUUCAUGUCCAAAUUGUGUGCAUGAGUUAUUUUUAUAAUCCUGUUUAGUGGAUUACUUUGUGAUAACUCGAAUUCCCUCACGUACGAGCCACGAAAGGGGCAAAGUCCAACACUUUCACGUGCAAACUCUAUGACUGUAUAUCUCAUGCAGACUGGCUUUUCACAGUAAUAAUAGUAACAUGAAUUUAUGAAGACCUCUAUAGUUUUGUAACUAGUGCCUUAAGUGAAGGCUCUUUUCUUUCAAGAAUCAAUAACUUAGAACACUUUUAGAAUCAAGUCGUCAGAGUUAAAGACUGUUUCAUUAAGUAGAAUCGCACGUGACAGCCAUUCAAAAUAGCUCGUGCACGUUAAAAGUGCCAAUAUUUUUAUGCGACUUGGGGGAAAAUAGCACUGCUUGUGUGCUGGGAUUUGUUUUCUGGUAAACCCAAAAAAUCAAGGCUAAUGUUUUCAAAAAAACUCCCUAAAUUGCGAGAAAAAAAAUUGCAGGCAUUUAUUGCAAAUUGUAACACCUGCUGUUCUGGCCUAUCUACAAUAAUCAGUUGAAUGUAGAUUGCUGUUGGAAAUUAGGUUGAUAGAAAACAUUGUAACAGUCAUAUUUACAAUUAUGGUAAUAACAGAUGAAACAAUGAAGUGACUAAGUGCGCUUUUUUAAACUUCAGAUUUGUCUGUUCCAAGCUACCCUUCUCAAUUACCCACAACAAACCAACAAAUUCCUGUCUCAACAUAUGCUGGACAUCCUCCCUCUGCUACACACCAGCAGACAUAUGGUAAUCAGAAAUCACAGGGACACCACCAAUCAGAGAGAUACUCUAAGGAGGUGAAGGAGAGUAUGAAAGUGAGGCAACUACCCCUUAGAAUUUACUCCAAGAUUUGCAUGAAGCUAAACAUACGGCGUGACUGGUCUUUUGAUGAUUUUCGGAUGGUGGCAGAAGAGCUUGGCAUGGACAGAGAUACCACUGAGUUUAUUGGACAGCACAGAAAUCCAACUGAUUCACUUUUUGUAGAGUAUUACACUUCUGUCACUGUUCUUCAGUUGAUAAACAUUCUUCAUAAAAUUGAACGCUUAGAUGUGGCAGCCAUCUUGGAGGAGUGGAUUAAAGAUGUUCAAUAAGCAGCAGGAGGCUGAGCAAUAACUGUCAAUUUGGUGCUGCUUCGGUGUGAGGUUUUUAUGCUCAGUAUGGUCAGUAUUGACUAGAGCUGAGACCAGAACCUGAUGCGUGACACAAAGGCGUUCGUAUCAGAAAAGUAAAAUCCUCACCCACAGCAUAACUAUAUAAUUAAUACAAUGUUACUGAACUAGCAAGAGGUCCAUUGUAAAGAAAAAAGUACUUCACUAGUUUUGGCAAACUCUCAGUUAAAGCCUGCACUGUAUUUUAGGAGAUGUGAAGAAAAGGUUCACAAUCUAAGCACUCCCAAGUUACCCCUUUCUCGGGUAAGAAGCUUUCUGGAACACAGUGCGCAGAACAGUCUUGCCAGGGCACAAGUGCCUUUAAGAACUCGAUCAGUUGUACAUGUCAGUUUCUUUGACCUUAGGUAACUGUUAUGUUCGACUUUAUCCUUGUUUAAAGCUGGGGAUCAUAAAUUACAACGCCCAGGAACAAAGAAAAAUAAUAUUUGAACCAUGGAUCAAAUUGAACCACUACAUAAUUAUAAAAUAAUCAAGACAGUAUACGCACCCUGAUUACCCCGCCAGAAUGUGUUUAACUUUACUUGAGAAUAUUUAAACAUAUUUGUGACGUCAUUUGGUUUGCUUUGCAUGUGCUGAUUUUUGAAAAAAAAUUUGAGAUUAAAACUCGUCAAGUUUACUGAAUUUACCCAUAACUCUUCAAGGUUUAAAACUUGAAAAUUCUUUAAGACAUCCUGUAUCAAAGGUUUUUCGCUUAAGCUGACAAUUUAAGUGAGAAAAUCUGUUUUGAAAGCAUUUUAAAAGCAAUAGAUUGGGUUAGUAUACCUAUCUUGAAUUCUCCCAACAUCCUCUCUUGUUCAUAUCAGGCAUUCUUUUUUCGGGGAUAUCGCGAACUUAUCGCGAACGUCGCCGGAAGUCUUCAGUGACUCAGUAGAAUAUAAAUAUUUCCAAAAUUAAAGCAAAAGUGGUGAUGAUCGGAUUCCCCUUUAAGGAGUCUUUGGAGGUCCCUUUAAACCUAAUUGAGAGAAUACAGUUAAGAGACUAGGGAAUUUUGUCUAAAACAUUGUAAUUUUAUAUCAGUAAAUUAGUGCAGGGGGAAAAGAUAGAUUCCAGUUGUACCUUACUUGUUGUGUGUGCGUAGACAAGGGGAGGGAUAGAUAAGCUUGAUAGGUGUCCCCCCUCAGGGAAGGAAAACACAUGCGUUGUUUAAGAUUUUGACUAAAAGAUGAAAAAAAAAGACUGCAACGGCUCUCUGAAACUCCAACAGGUGUAAAAGAUGCUUAGGAAAUAUUUUUUAAUAAUGGAGUUGAAUAACUACACUACCCACCUUUCACUAUGAGAAGACCUGGGAAGACUUGAUUUUAUAACCGUGUUGUUAAGUAGAUAUUGCUGUAUUAUAAUUUAUUGUUGAUGUUGUAAAAGUAGCUUUAGAACAAAGGCGACUAAUAGGAACAUGCAAGUUUUUCUUUGCAAAAUGUUAACAGAAAUCAGUGAAGAGUUUUUGUUGCCUAAUGUUUCUCUAGUUUUAUUAAGACUGUCUGUAACAUGUAAAAGAGGUAAUGUCAUGUCAGGUCUGAGCGUGAAAUAGAUAUAACGUUUUGAGCUUAGGGAGCAAAGUAUUUGUUUUUAUGAGUAUCGAAAAUUGGUGUUGUGGAUUAUUAUGGGAGAAGGGAGUUCCACCCACACAUCCCCCUCCCCCACAACUUUUGUAAGACCUUUGACGAUAUGGUUGAAUGGACAGUGAAGAUAACUUAGUGAAUGGUUUGGUAACGUUUGAUAUGCUCGUAGGAGGACACCUAGUGAACAAACGUCCUCAUAAACACUCAGUUAACAAGAGCUCACAAACUAAAAAAAAUCAGAUUGGAGGUUGAGCCUGUUGACAAGGAGUGAAGCCGGCACUGUAAUGAUACCCCCUUCCAAAGUGGCUAAUACGUGGCAACGUACUAAGGAUCCUUUCAAGGGUCCCACUUUUCACAAGUACCUGACACCAAACAUGAUGCGACGUUCUUUUCUACUCUAGCUAUGUACGAAUUUGCAUACUUUGUCCAAGAAAAGCCUACUAGUGUGAAAGAUGCCUUUCGGUAUGUCUGUAACCAUGAAAGCUGACAAAUUUUUACUGAACACCCUGUUCAUCCACUGGGGAAUGCUGAUAAAGGCAUAUAGUGCCAAAACAUCUCAGUCAAUCCAAUGUUUUGUUACAAUGAUAACAACAUGAACAUCAGACAAUGAUAAACAGCUUGGAAGCUGCACUUUCAUGAGGACUGUCAAAGUACAGUAUUUUGGACUUUUUAUACAUAUCCUGAACCGCUGCGAACAAACGCACCAACUCAAUGCUUGGGUUGGCUUAGCCUGAGAAAACAGCUGAUGUUUUGCAACGCCACCACUGGUUGGCCAUUUACCAUUUCCCCAUUUACAUGGUCAACCCGGUCAAAUCACGGUUUGGACAACUGUUACACAAAAUUCAUAGAAGGAAAAUUUCCUCGUGGAAUAGCGUUAACCAUUUGACCAAACCAGUUCCAUUCACCGAAAAACGGCUGUGGAGGAGUGAACCUGGGGCGCUUUCCAUUUAAGACAAAAACCCGGAAAUUUCGGUGGUAGCAAAAGUGGAAUUUCCGAUUGGUAAAAAGUUGUUCCAUUUGGUCGUAAACCCCGGUACGUGGCGGUGCCCGACCGUGGACCUGGAACUGGUACAAAGUACGAGAAACGUAAAUGGAACACGACAUUCCGUUCGGAAAUUCCAACCGGGAAAACGGGACCACCUUUUUAGAUUUUCCACUUUUUCUGGGAAUUUUCCAGUGGGACGAACCGACGAAACGUGUUCCAUUUACCGCCGAACCGGAAAUUCCGGAAAUUUUGACUAAAUGGAAAGCGCCCCUGGUAUCAAAGAUGACCUGAAGAAAUGGAACACAAAAUUCCGUUUAGAAUAUUCCGUUCAGAAAAAACAGGACAAACAUUUUAGAUGUUCCAUUGCUCCCGGAAACGUUCUGCUGAAACGACCCAAAAAAUCGUGUUCCACUUACUCUCCACCUGGGUUUUCCAGAAACGUUUAGUAAAUGGUAAAAAACCAAUGUCUGAGGAAUGUCUGCAGAAAUUCCAUACUGGUGACGUAUCACCACCAAGAUCUGUGUAGUGCUUCUAAUUGGAUGAAGUAAAUUUUCAACCAAUUAGAAGCACUAACACCAUCAGUCUGGAAUUUCUGAAGGGAAUCAAAUAGUGGCAUCGUGAAAUGUCAGCUCGUUUCUCAGGCUAGGGUUGGUGUAGCCCGGGGGACUCCCAUAUGAAAGGGGCUGGGAUGCAGCCCUUGUGGUAUUUCAUGCAUGAUGUUUAUAUUGUUUAAUGAUAUUCUAGUAAUAGUUGACACUACAGCUGCCCCCGCUCUGCAUAUUGUCGGUCAAUAGUAUUCUUGGUCGUUCGUAAUGAAGAUUUUCACACACAUUCCAUACAAUAGGUGAGAGUAAAAACAGGAAAUGCAAGGUUCCAUGCACUGUUUCAGUUCGAUUUACACAGCUUUGAUCUGAAAACAUUCUCAGUUUCGAGAAUAUUUUGCUCUCAACCAUAAGAAAAGAUUUAAUUAGAACUUGGAAUUUUUUUCUAUUUCUCUUUCACUUUUUACAAUUGCCGGGAAGUAAGCCUUAAAAAUUAAAAGAUUUGAUCAUCGGUCAUCAUCAUGUUUGGGCCCCUUGCUUUUCACUAUCUACAUGCGCAAACUGUUUCAGAUCGUUGAACGCCACCUCCCACAAGUUCACUGCUACGCAGACGAUACACAGUUGUAUCAUUCAGCCCCAAUCGAUCUGCGGAUGCUGAUUUUGUCAUCAAGUCUAUGACUGACUGUAUCAGGGAUGUUAGGAGUUGGAUGAUUUCAGAUAAUCUUAUGUCAAACGAUGAUAAAACAGAAUUUUUAAUUAUAGGUACUAGUAGGAAGCAGCUUAAAAAUCCAUAAUCUAAUAUUUUCUUCACGACAGAAAUUCUACCUGUGAGGACAAAGUAAUCCUUUCUUCUCAUUAAUUUCUCCCUUAUUGAGAACACUUGGCUUGUCUACGAACAUCUCCCUUUGUAGAUUACUUUCUCAUCACUAAAGUUAGCUAUACGGUGAUCUUCGAUGCUUUUCUCAUAAGUAAUGAUAGUAAUAUUUUUUAAGUCAACAGAAUCAAUUUGCCCCAGCAGAUUUAUGUCUACUAGAAUCAGGUCUAAAAUAACUGCUCUGAUUCCUAUGAGCACCAAAACGUGUUUAGAAAAGAACAACGUGGGUUUAAACUAAUUUGAAAUAAAUUGUUAAGUGUUCAUCAAGUAGUGUCCUUUUCAAGGAAAGUAACUCUGUCCAUACUUCCUUCCUGUUAUUGCCAUUCUUAAGCAUUUUAAUAACCUUUUAUCAUAAUCAAAUGGGAUUUUCUGUAUAAAUAGCCAUUUACUUUCCUGCUUACUUAAAGCCCAUCUUAAGUCAGCCACACUGAGCCAACAGAUUUCUCUUACAAUUUGUCCAUAGCAAACAUCAUUAAACCACAUCAGUCUUCUCAUAAACCAGCUGUGGUUUCCAUGGAUACCACCAGGAACACCAGGAAUUUGUUGAAGAGUAGCAUAGAAUGCUUCAUCGGGAAUAAAAGUGUCAUUUAGCCAGUUAAAAAAUUCAUUGGCUUUUUUAUCAUACAAGAUGAAUUGUACAAAAUUUCUUGUCAAGGCCACAUGAUUUGAGCCUUUGAAAAGUUUAAGUCCAUAUGGUGGUGGUUCUUUUCUAAGUGAUGUUUGUAUUCUUCUAUAAUCGUGGGAAAAUUCACCUGUCUUUUCAAAGCGAUAAACAAAUUGUGUGCGGUAGUAAUUACGCUCAGGCAUAGGAAAACUUUCAAUGUUGUUUUUUCCUUGAAGUGUCUGCAAUGCAGUUACAAUGCCAUUAUUGUCAUACAAAGGAAAAUCUUGUCCCACUAAAUUUAUAAAAUAUUUCCAUUUAAUGGGACUUUCCAAUAAAUCUUCCAUACAAUUUAACUGCGCUUGAAUGAUGCUAAUAUGUGCCCAUAUCACAUCCAAGGUUUUUUUGGUGAUAAAGACAUUGCUUAGGCACCUGGUCAUAGAUUUAACAGCCCGUUCGAAAGUUUCAGAGGCCUUCACAUCAACAUGAAGGCAAUAGGCAUUAUGUGGCAUAUAUAUUGCUUUGAAUAACUGUUCAAGAAGAGGCCCCCCUUUAUAUACAAGUAUUCCAUACGCAAUUGGAAAUUCAAUUUCUAUUGAUGUGGCAAUAGGGUGAGGAAAGUCAUGCCGUAGAAUGUCAUGACAUUGUCUACUGCCAUAUGUGUCCAAGAUGUCUUGGUCAGUCUUGUGAUUUUUAUGGUCAGGAUUCAGAAAUAUUCUCAACAGAUUUGAAAAGGAAUUUUGCCAAAUCACUUUCUCACAACUUUCCCAUUUAUCAACCUGCAAGCAAAAAUAAAACAAAAAGUGAAUAUACAUGCUCCUGGUUCCAUGACACCAGCAUUUGGGGAAAGUGUCCCUGGUUUUCAUAGUGGCAAAUUUUCAAAUAUUACUGGAAAUACUGGUAGGAAUUUUAAUAUAUGGAGUGGUACAAGUAGACGGCCAAUGUAGAGAGGUUAUAAAAGGAGUACCAGAUUCUCUCAACUUAUUCUUUAAGGAAAUGUAUUGAGGUCAGUCUGGAGAAUUACUUACUGUUUCUAAUGAUGGACUACUAGCAUAUUUAGCACCUUCAGUUCAACAGAUAUCCAGGAUGUAUUUGCAACUGUUAAAAACACACAGUAUUAUAACACUUUUUUAAGGUUACAAAGCUGUUAGCAAACCAACCUUAAGCCACAACAGUUCAUCACGAUAUACAGACCACAAGGAAACCACAAACAAGGCUACAGUUAUCAGUGUAACUGCAUAGAAAAAUUUCCUCCUCAGGCUAAUAAGCAUUCUUAAGUCUAAAAUAAGAAAAUAAACAAAUUAUCUGUAAGCAGAAAGAGAAUUGAAAAUACAGGUUGUACUUUGUCACAGUAAUAUCAUUCUAUCAUUAUUGGGCACAUUUUUUAUGCUCCAUUGCACAAUGGACAGUAGCCUGCAUGGCCAGCUCGCACGCCCAAAUUCCCCCUUCCCCUUCCCCUUCCCCUUUCAACGACGGCCACGCAGGCUAAACAGACCAGGGCUAGGCCGGGGAAGCUGUCUCCUGAUAUCUGCCAAGGAAAGGCAACAUUUGAACCCUGACCUGAUCUCAUAAUGAUAAAAUUAUUGAUAUCGAAAAAUUAAGCAUCUUAAGGCAAACAGUAAACAACUAACUUUCAAAGAGUGAGAAACCCCUGGAUGAACAAGGACAAGCAUAUAAAGCAAAUAGAAGCUGUCAAACAGCAAUCUGCUUGUCCUGCCUAGAUUAGCAUAAUAGGCUGAUUUAGCAACAGAACAGGAACGUCAGUUGACGAUGACGCGCGGAAAUCAAACAACUGGCUUGACCAAUGGCUGUGCAGCAAAUUGGGCACUAGAAGUCGAGUUUAGUCCUUUCUGCGCCCUUUCCCGUCGUCAAAUGACAUUCCCGUUCUGUUGCUAAAUCAGCCUAAUAGCUAUUCGCGGGGCAUAAAGUAUUGUAAACUUUAUAGUUCUGUUAAUAAAUACAUUGUUGUUGUUGUUGUAUCUGCACGAUUUGUGAAAAAUUGUUGGAAGCAAACACCUGGAACUGUCACAAACUUACUUAAUGACUAGGAUUGACCCCCUCUCCAAGAUAUAAGAAAAUUCCUUGCCUCACACAGCUAUUGCUUGAGGCCAUCCAUGGCAAAUCAUGAUUAGAAGUCCCAAGCUAUAUCAAAAGGUGCAAUCGCCAACUAUGAUCCUUCCACAGUGACAAGUUCAUUAAAUUAACACCAAAGACUGAAGCCUACAGAAACUCGUUUUAUUGCAGAACCAUCAAAGAAUUGCCUGGCAAUGCUGCAGAUAUAGAAAAAAAGUCCAUGAUUUCAGAAGGCGCUUAGAUUAGAUUAACCAGUUUAUUAUUAUCAUUAUUAUAACUAAUUAUUUUACUUAUUUACUUAUAUUUCAUACAUUAAUUUAUUUUAAUUUCAGCAGAACCCUACCUUACGGACACCUCGGUAAUAGGGUAACCAGUUUUUUGGGCCCAGAAAAAUGGCUAUGUACAUAAAAAUCCCCUGUUAAUGCAGUCACCUCUUAAGGUGACUCGACCCAGUUAUUUUGUGAGGGUACCAUCCUACUUUGAAGCUCUAUGGUAUCCCAAACUUUACUCUGAUCAUAAGUCUAACAUAUAGCAUGGAUAACAUAUACAUCAAUCUACAAUACAGCAUAAAAUUUUUGGCGAUCGGAGUAAAUGUCACGUGGUUAUAGUGUCACACCUCUUUGGGGUCUGAGUCAAUCUGCUGUUACCGGCAUUUUUUCGCGAAAAUCUCUCGGCUACAUAUAGUGCGUAUUAGUGCCUUGCGUUGAACAGACUUUCACCAAAAUCGCAAAGACCCAAAGCGAGAAAUUCAGCGGUUUCCAAAUUUAGGUCAUAAUUUAUGCGAAAAUAAAAAGGCAACUGUACAUGAUUAUAUCUAAUAAACUAUGAAAUUUAUCCCUUUAUUUUAGGGAUCUUUAUAAUAGAUGGGUCCUUGCAAGUCAGAAAAAACCUUUAGGGCCUUGUAAAUGGGCGCGAUUUCGAGUAAUGCAAACAUAUACAAAUUAUAGUUUUUGCUAGUUGUUGAUGUUUGUCAGCAUCUAAGAGUCCUUCUCACCAAAAAAGCAUUUUCUUAAAAAUUUGUAGUUUUUUUUCCUUCAAACUUUUUCAGGGCCACAAUUGAUUAACUGACUACCCGAAUUCUGAAUUUUUAUGAUCAUUGAAAAACUGUGACAUUAUCUUCUAUCAGCCCAAACUUGAGUAAACAUUGAAGAUUUUUAGCGUUUUGGCUGAGUUUGUGCUUUGGAAGUUUUCUAUUGUUUCUAGUCUGUCAUGAUACAACAUUCUUGUUUAGCAUGCGUGCAAUGACCGUGCUUGGCUGACUUCCGAAUGUUCACCGAGAUAUCAUAGUUUCAUAGUUUAUUAGAUAUAAUUGUGUAAAGUUGGCUUUUUAUUUUCGCAUAAAUUAUGACCUAAAUCUGGAAACCGCUGAAUUUCUCGCAUUGGGUCUUUGCGAUUUUGGUGAAAGUCUGAGAAGAAAUUUUCACGAAAAAAUGCCGGCAACAGCAGAAUUUCGACUCAGACCCCAAAGAGGCGUGGCACUAUAACCAUUUACUCCGAUCGCCAAGUUUUAUGCUAUAUUGUAGAUUGAUGUAUAUGUUAUCCAUGCUAUACGUCACAAUUACGAUCAAAGUAAAGGUGGGGAUGCCAGAGAGCUUCAUAGUAGGAUGGUAUCCUCACAAAAUAACUGGGUCGAGUCACCUUAAUACAGUCAAUGGCCACAUUUUAAAAUCACAAGCAGUAAAAUUCUAUAUAAUUUCACCAUGUUAAUAUGGCCUUUAACACUAAAUGUGACAUGGCCUUCCAAGAGUGACUGCCAUCGCACAAAGUUCUUCUUAAAGGGCCAGCUGAAAAAUCUCAGUUUACUAUAAUAAAUUACUUUCUAUUAUAUUGUACAGGUAGUUGAUUUUUAUUACAUUUAAACGCUUUGAUGUUGUUUUUGUGGUCUUACUAGUGAAGUUAACCUGUUUCAUUAUUUACACACAGUUUGAAUUUUCAAUGCCUCUUUCAAGGAAAUGUGCCUUUUGCCUCGUCCAGGGUGGGGCUUUCGUCCACUUUUUUUACGCCCCAUGGUCAGAUCUGCUGGCCCCACCUUGGGACAUCCGCAGGCCAUUUGAAAGAAAAAAAUGACAAAUGCCCGGCAAGAAAGGGACGGGCAUGCUUGCAAUUGACUGAGCCAAUGUCACUAAUUGAGAAACCAGUAUUCCACCAGUUAUACAACGUGGCAGCAAAUUAUACUUGGCAUUAGUCUACAGUUAACGCUCAAUCCCUAGAUAACGGGAAUCUUGUGACAGUCUAGAUAUCGCGAGUAUAAAAGGUUUAAAGAUCACACAACUCUAUAUAAAAACUGGAAUGCCUUACCUCAAAUCGGCAAAAAAAAAUUAAUAAACUCUAUCACUGCCGUUUCAUCUAUUUAGGCACAUCGCCCAAGAGCAAGUGUUUAGUAAGGUAUCAUUCAGUGGCAUUAUAUGAAAAACAACCUUGUUUCCGUGGUAUCCGCUGAUCAAAAAAGCUCGAAGAUUUGAAAACGUGAGAGACUGGGAAGGCUCCCUAAUGCCCUGUAAGCAUAACGCGCGCACAUUUUCCAAAAUGACGGACGGACCCAACGAAUUUCAACUUGAACAACCUCCCUCAGAUGGAAUUUCUUCCGUCAAAUUCAGCCCUACAUCAGCAUCAUUUUUAGUGGUAUCAUCGUGGGAUACAGUAAGCUUCUUUUAUUUCAAUCAACUAUGUUUGAAUUUCGAAGGAAAACUAUUCUAAAAUCGGUCACAAUACAGAAAUCUAAUGACUUUAAUCGGCUUAGGUAAGCUUAAGUUCUGCCGGCGGAAAGACGCUUUUUCGAGUAUAAUUUGAGCAAUAUAAUGGGAAUGCCGUGACACUAACGAUUUGACUGACAUAGAAAAAAAUACAGUGGCUACAAUAUACAGAGCCACGUCGCUUCAUUUUGGCAAGUGGCUCGGUGCCUCGCUAGUCAUGAUGAGUGUAGAAAGAACGAAAAAGAUACAAAUUUUACUAGCAAGUAGUAUGCAAGGUAUAUAAGUAUAUUGAGAGGCAUAUGCUGUAAAGAACAAUCAAGGCGUAUAUUUUAGUGACUCCUCAGUCCAGGUUAGAGUUAUAAAACAAGAGGGGUACAUGUUUAUGAUUUAGUGGCUUGGUGGCUCUUCCGUCAGGACUGGCGAGCCGCUGAGCCUCUAUUUUCACUAGUGAGCUUUUGAGUAACUUGCAAUUUAUAAUUCUAAGAAAGUUGACCUGUAUUCUUUAGCUAUGCCAUGCCUCAAAGCUUAAUAGAAAGCAGAAAGAUUUCUGUAUAGCUCCUACAUUGAUCAUGCAUGCAGCAAGCUUAUAAUAUUUCAUAAAAAUAGUCAAUAUGAAUAGAGUAAAAAAUUGUGCGCAUGAUAAAUGUGCAGGGCUGAUGGAAAAUUUACCAGGGUUCAGGCUCCAAAAUUGGACAUCUUUGUGGCCAGCACUAAAUCCAUUAAGUGUCCGUCUUAUAGAGAGUCAAAUAAAAGAAGUAAAGAAGGGCAAGGACCAAAUCUGGGUGUCUCUUUUAUAGAGGUGUCUGUCUUAUAGAGAUGUCCAUUAAGAUAGAGUCAACUUUAAUGCUCUUGAUUUUUUUAUGAUGUUCAGAAUAAUAACAUGCGACUGAAGUACAAUCACGCUAAUGCUGUCCUAGACUGCUGUUUCCAAGAUGGUGUACAUUCAUACAGUGGUGGUCUAGACAGUACCCUCAAAGUGUGAGUUGAUUUUACUUUGUACGAGUCAUCAGAUGAGAGAAAAUCUAGCACCAACCUUUUGACUUUACUUACCUGCCAAAAAUGCUAAAACCUUGAAAACAAAGGCACAUUCUACAGUGUAUGUUGCUGCAAAAUGAGAAGCAGCGUGGCCAAGUGGUCAGUGCGUCGGACUUGCAAUCCAGCGUUCCCAGGUUCAAGUCCUGCUCUGGCCACUUGCUGGAUUGGUUCUCAGUCAUCACGAGUUCAAAUCCUCGGCCACACUUGUAAAUAGCCAACUAGUUGCCUUCUGCCAGUUGGGGUUUUUAAUCCUUUUACGUUGUAUUUGAAUGUUUUGUUUCUAAAUAUCUGAGUGGAGGGCCUGUAAAGUAGCUGGAUAAGCUAAGUGCAAAUUCCACUAUAAACAAGCCUUUAAAAUUUCAGUUGUAUUUCUGUAAGGUACACUGUUUAGCAACAGCAGCAUUUUCAACGUGGUAUGUGCCUACCAUGGCUUUCGACGAUAUAUGUGUGGAUCAAUUUCAUGUACGAUAAGCUAACAUUUAAAAACUUGGAGGAGACUGUUACAUGUAUAAACUGCGAUUACCGUUUCAAGUAACUGUUAAAACCGUAAUCUUUGUACAAAGAUAAAAAAAGAAAUUAAUUUAAAAUAACAUUGUAUGACUUCCUGUCUUGUAAUAUCAAAUAGAAUGUUGAUUAAUCUUAUUGUGUUUUGUUUAGGAUGGACUUUAACACUUCAACUGAGCAAGUAGUAGGAAUGCAUGAGGCACCAAUAAAAUGUGUAGAAUUCUGCCCUGCUAUUGGUAAGACCUAACAAAUUAUGAAAUAAGGUUUGCAUAGUGCCUUAUUUAAUACCCCAAACUGCUGAUUAUAAACCAUGGGCUUAUGCAUCUUCAUAAGGGGUUUGGGGUGGCUUAUAAAUGGAGGGGCAUAUAUUAAAGGCUAAGCACAGCUCUGCAGUAGAUUGGGGAAGUUAUACAUGUGGUUUGAAAAAAGUCUUGCUAGGUAGUCUGAGACAAGUAAAUUUUGAUUCUGUGCAAGGAACUUUCCAUGAUCUCUCGCUGAAUGGGCAAGAACCCAGGCAAGUCUUGUCCCAAGUACCAGCUGAAGUUUAAUUGUUUUUUGAGGUGUUGUUGUAACACAGUUUCUGCUCAGUGUGAACUAAAUUGACAGCCCUUGUGAGGACAGAGCUUCCCCAGACAAUCACAAGAGCCCGCACAUUUUUUUUUAAUCUCCUAAAAUGAAUUGCCGCAUGGCUGAGCGGUUAGAGUGCUGGACAUUUAAUUCAGAGGCCCAAAGUUCUAAUCCUGCCCUGACUGCUAGCUGGGUCACUAGUUCAAAUCCUUAGCCACACUUGUAAAAUAGCCAACUGGUUCACCUCCUACCAGUUGGAAUUUUUAACACCAUUAUGUUCCAUUGAAAUUAUUUGUUUCAUUAUCCCUGAAAAGCCCCUAGGCCCUAAGUGGGAAAGGAUAAUUAAUGAAUUAUUAUUAUUAUUAUCAUUAUUAUUAGUAGUAUUAUUAAUAUAUUGUACUUGUUACUGUGAUUUCUAGGUGUGAUUGUUACAGGCAGUUGGGACAAAAAUAUCAAACUGUGGGAUCCAAGGGCAAAUCAGUGUACAGGAACAUAUCAACAACCUGAAAAGGUAUUAAAAACCAUCCUUGAGUUUUUGUCUCCUGAUAGUAAUCAUUUUCUGUUUUAUUGUGUUGUUGAAGCUGCAUCAGGGGAGAACCAGGCAGGGCAGCUAACUAAUAAUGAAGUUUGAGUACCGAGAAAAAAGCCCAAGUGACUUCUGAUUGACUGCUUAAUUCUCCAUGCAAAUGUCCUUGUAUUUUUGUUUAAAACUAAACAAGAAAUUCUCAUUAGAUCAAGAGUCACUUACAGCUGUAUGGUCUCAUUUCAUUCACUAUGUCAUUAUUGGGAGAGAUUAUUUACAAGUGAAAUUGCUACUUCCGGAAGCAUUUGAAUUCCCAAAACUAAACAAGAAAUUCUCAUUAGAUCAAGAGUCACUUACAGCUGUAUGGUCUCAUUUCAUUCACUAUGUCAUUAUUGGGAGAGAUUAUUUACAAGUGAAAUUGCUACUUCCGGAAGCAUUUGAAUUCCCUGCUUUUGAUUGGCCGUAAAAAUCAGAAGCAGGCAAAUAAAUCGUUUUUGGGCUGGUUUUUUUUUUUUUUCAAAUGAGUGGGUGCCCAACAACUCUUCUGACCAUUUGAUGAACUUUGCCCACACCAACACAAUUUGCCUGUUAUCAUUUCCCCAUCAGCUACUUGCUCUGGAUAUCUCAGGAUGUUGUACAUGUAGCUCCUCAUUUCUUCAAAACAUAUAACUGUUUUAAUAUUAUUGUCCUUAACAAACUCUCCAUAGUUUCCCUUUCUUUUUGUUAGGAACUAAUAAUGUGCUUUUUUGUAGGUCUACACAAUGGCAACAUCUGAUGAGCGACUUGUUGUUGGAACAGUAAGGAAUAUUAUUUUUUACUGAAGUAUACUUGUACUUUGUUACUUGUGUUUCUGUCAAGGUUUUCCUUUGUUUGAUUGUUUGAUUAGAUUUACUAAAUUUUGCAUUAUUGCAGGCAGGACGGAGAGUGAUGGUGUGGGAUCUCAGGAACAUGGUAAGAACUGUUCUACUGAUACUUUACUGUUUUGAUAUGUACUGGUAAGCAGAAAAGAAUCAGGAAAUGUAAGAAUUAACAGUUUUUUAAAGUUUCACAUUGUGUUUGGUUGGAAAGGUUUUACAUAGGUGCCGUGGCAUUCUUUAUUCAAAGACAAAAGCAUUAAUUUCAUUAUUUUUCUGGUGCCCAAACGUUUUUGCUAUUGUUGUACUAUUUAGUAAGACUUAGUUUUUUAACCCUCAUGCAAGAUGUACCACAGUCUCAUCCCUCUCCAUUCAAGAAGCCCAUCUUUGUGAGAAGGCGGUAACUUACUUCCCAGUGGUACAAUAACUUGUAAAUUUAAAGUACUAAAGUCAUACCUUAUAUGGUGUUAAUUUAUUCUCAUGUAGGGAUGUGUACAACAGAGGAGAGAAUCUAGUUUAAAAUACCAAACAAGAUGCAUUCGAACAUUCCCCAACAAACAAGGUCAGUGAAUAUCAUAACCGUCAAGAUUAUAGGAACAAGGUUUCAGUUAGAGGGGAAAACUAAGUGUCAAUAUAUAAGCAGUUAUUGAUUGAACAAAUGUAAUAAUGAAAUUGUUAAUGGUGAAUAAUCUAUGACAGUAAAAAGAUUGCAAUUUUUUGUUAACAAGUAAAAUGCAAUAAACAUGAGUAUUUUCCAGUUGUGGACUCGUACGACAGUGUUAUGGACCUAAUAAAUGUAACGAUCAUCACAGUUGAAGAUGAAACUUAUGCAGUUGCGAAAAGAAAGCCUGAAAGAAAUCAGGCUUGCCAGGAUUCAAACCCUGACUUCUGCGAUCCCAGUGCAGCACCCCUAACCAAUUGAGCUAAUAAACCAACUGGGAGCUGGUCAUUAUAUUGGUUCAUAAUUAGCCUGCGAACAGCAGAGGCAUUUCCGGUCGUCGCUUCUCUCCCUCCGGAGGAGAGAAGUGACGACCAGAAAUGCAUCUGCUGUUCGCAGGCUAGUUCAUAACAUACUCUAGGGAAAGAUAAAGAUGAAGUAAUGAAUACAAUAUAUGUGAAUUGCUUAUAUUGGAUCUGUGGGAUGAUAUUAUAUGAUGAUAUGUUACAGAUCAUUGGAUAGUGUUUCAAAAAAAAACAGUAGUGUUUCACAUAGUCUUACAGAACUUCCAUGAAGUUUAGAUGCAUUUCAUAAAGAGCUAAAUUGAAUAAUUUCUUAAAGUUCACUCUUUUAAUAUGGAUUUGUCUGACAGUAAAUUCUUUCUUGCGUCAAAAUCCUUAGGCUAUGUGUUGAGCUCCAUUGAAGGCAGAGUAGCCGUGGAAUACUUUGAUCCAAGCCCUGAAGUACAGAAAAAGAAAUAUGCUUUCAAGUGUCAUAGAAUCAAAGAGGAGGGAAUGGAAAACAUUUACCCUGUCAAUGCUAUAUCCUUCCAUAAUGUGUGAGUAAAUAAACAUCUAUAGCAGAGUUUCCUAAACUCUUGAAGUUUCUUGCAUUUGAAUUAACAACAAAAACUUUCAAAAUUAAGUUUUUGUGACACUUUGCUUUUAUUCUUAGUCAUGCUUUGGUUUGCCCUCCAGGACCAAUCUUCAUUUUUUGACUGGUGAAUUCAAGCAUAAAAACAAUUUUCUUUCUUUACGUUAAUUAUUUGUUACUUGGAAUGAUUUCAGACACAACACAUUUGCCACUGGUGGAUCAGAUGGCUUUGUAAACAUCUGGGAUGGCUUCAACAAGAAAAGACUCUGUCAGGUAGAGCACUAACAUUAUUACUUCAACAUUCUUGCAAAUUAUUUUAUACAAGCCAGAUCAUGCACUUAUACUUUACUCAGGAACACCUUGUAAAUCUGGGUGCAGGAACUGAUAUUUCCCUUCCUUUUUUUCAGUUCCAUCGUUACCCAACAAGUAUAGCAUCAUUGAGCUUUAGUAAUGAUGGCAGUUUGUUGGCCAUAGCUUCAUCAUACAUGUAUGAGGAGGAUGAAAAAGAGUAAGUCUUCAAUCACUCCCAGGAGUUAAGAAAAUUAGAAUAUGUAAACCUUAUUGUGUAAAAUCCUGCAAAAAUGAGGGUGCAAAGAAAGUCAGUUUUUUUUAUAGCUAGCAUGCACUAGCCCAAGAGAACAGCAUUGAUAACAGUUCUUCUGCAAUUUGCCAUGUGAAAGAGGUUUCAUUUCUGUUGGUCAUGCUUUAGGGGUACUUCCUUGCCCAGCAAGAAAAUCUACUUGUUGUAGACUACCAGAUGUGACUUUUUUCCAGCCCUCUUGCUUGUUGGAGUUCUAAAUCCUGUUAUGUUUCAUUUGCACUAGUUGUUUUGUGCCUGUAAACUAGCUACAAUCGGUGACAAAAUUAGUUGAGGCACUAAUCCGGAAAGGGGCUUAUUGAUGUUUUACCUACUUUACAAUUUCUCAACAAUUUUUUCAUUGAUUGUAGAUCAGCAGAGUGAAGUUUCAGUAUAAGCUAAGAAUUUACAACAACACUACCAACUGUAUUCGGGAUCUUGAUAACCUUGAUGAAAACUAGGGGUCAAUUUAAUAACAUGUUAACAAGUGUAGCUACUGUUUUAAGACUGAACCUAAGGCUACCCUUGUAAAUGACACUAGUAAAAGUUUUAUUAAAUUGACCCCAUGUGCUAUUGAUAUCAGGGUUAGAGGCAGUGCUUAGAAAAGGUGCACUUGUGUUCCCCUUAAAGGUAUUGAUGUGAGAAAAGGCUACAAGAAAUACAUAUACCUUCUAUUUCAUUUUAUUUCUUUCAUCAUUAGACAUCCUGAAGAUGCUAUUUACAUACGGAGGGUUUCAGAUGCUGAGACUAAACCCAAGUAA